UUUAGGGACAAUUGUUCAAAUAUUGGAAGUGCGGCUUUUAAAAAUCGCUUUUCAAUAGCCCAGAAUGUUUUCUGUCGAAUAAGAUAGGAGGUGCAGUCUGGUUAUACGCAUCAAAUACAAACAUUUAGAAGCAAACAGAUCAAAAUGUUUUGCAAACUUGUGUACACCUGACUCACUCGCACACGCACUUCUUUCCUCUCUCGGUUCGGGGGUGUAAUAUUUUCCUUUUCUCUCUCUCUCUCUCUCUCUCUCUCUCUCUCUUCGAGGUUGACAACUUCUGUCGCACGUAUCAAAGUUCGACGGUUGCACUGCACUUUGCACAGCAGACUUAUUGUCUGUCGGCUCAAGUUUUGUGGAAACUAACGGUGUACCUGUCUGCUAGUUUUUAGUCAGCGCGCGAUGGCUGCGUGUCAACUUGGUGAUGAUUUAACGCCAAACCAAGAGACGGUGGUCGAACAUGAGUCAGUGUGUAGCCAUAACGAUUUUAAUCAGCUGCCAACCGUGACGGUAUGUGAUGCCAGGAGUUUAUCGAUCAGUAGUGCCACCAGCAAGACCAGCGGCAGCAAUAGUAGUUCUAGUGAAAGCUACAGUCCAGCUAGUAGCCCUGCGAGCUCUCCCGAUUCAUCACUGAGUUCUUCAUCAAGUGGCAUGAUGGAGCUAGGUCGGAGAGGGUCUAACCGGUCUUCACCUACGAACAUGAGUGAUAAUGGAAAAUCAGACGUGCAUUUGGAAUUGGAUGCGUUGGAAACGGGAGUCAGUCAGAUGAGAGAGAAGUUUGAAGAUUUGAGCAGUAAUAACAAUAAUCUUCAUUUCAGCGCACCGACGAAAGAGAAACUGCGGUACAACCGUCGCAGCCUAGUGCGAUCCAGUAGUAGCGCUUGCAGCAGCAUCUCGGAGAAUAUGGAAGAUGAGGGUUCGUCGGAGGAAUCGGAUGCCGACAGGAACUCCUCCUCCUCCUCCUCAUCAUCAUCACCUCGAAACAGACCACCUCUUCAGAGAGGCAAAGCCAUUCGGGGGGAGGAUUUACUCUCCUCCAACCUGUCACCCCGGAGCAUCAGCCCCAUAAGCCCCUUGGAAGAAUUGGAGACCUACUCCGGGAUCAAGACAGUGGUUCGACGCCCGAAGAAAUCUCAGAAUGGGCGCAGUAGCCCCAGCUGGAGAUGGAGUGUGAUGGGCGUGGCCAAUGGGGACUUGGAUGCGGUUACCAAGGCAUCCCAUAAAGGGCGUCACCCGCCUCCUGUCUCGACAUCGACUCCAACCGGUAGUAACGGACACGCCUCUCUAUCGAGGAGGAGUUCAAUGGGAUUGUCGUCAACGCCGACAACGACAUUGAUAUCACCAAGAACGAGCAAGUUAUCAACGGAGUUCAGAAGACUGUCACUCCAGAUGGAUAUGCCAUGGAGAGAUCCAAACGAGCGCCUGUUACAGUUUGCAGACUGGUUGGUUAAACGUACGGAGGAGUUGAUGGAGAGGAGCGCCCGCGCGCGGCAGAAGACCUACGAACUCCUGCGAUUGGCUCGAAACAGGCAAAAAGAUCCAAUGGAAUACUGAGAAAUAUUGAAUCACUAAUCAUAUUUGUGCAAUUCUAAAUGGAAAGUCUUCCGAUUCAAGUCAGUAUCGUGACAAAACAAGACAUUAUGCAAAUGGAACAUAAAUUAUCGGUAAUGAUGAAAGUAAUGGAGAAGCUGGAAAUGCAUUGACAGGAGAUGGAAUAGUUCAACGGAUAUCAUACGAUUGUAAGAGGCUCGAGCUGUUGAAACUAAACUGCAGAAACACUGAUUAUGAAGAGAAUUUAGAAGAGCCUUUUAUUUGCAUGUCAGUAAUGUCUUCGCAUUCUCUGCUUGAUUGGAAGACUCGGAAGCGUCAUCCCUUUGUUUUAAUGGUGGAGGAGUGGAAGGGGUCGGGCUCGGACUACAGAAAGCCAAAACUUAAAACUUAUCUGGAAUUUUCCAAGCUAAAUAUUAGGCUUUCUAGUUUAUUCAUUUGAUGAUAACAAGCAUGUGGUUGUGACCGUCAAUAUGGAAGGGGAUAAUAUUUUCUAAAUAUUUUUAGAAUAAAUUUUAUAUGGAAGG